AAUGUCCGAGCUCUUCAGGAGCACGUGAAUGCAGCGCAGUUGGACGCGACGGAGAACAGCGGGGAGAAAAUGGCAAAGGAGACGGAGCUGCAAUAAUUUCAGCCCGCAUUCUUGGAGCCAAUCUGACCCAAAGACAAAUAAAGAAGCUACGUUGUUGCUGACGUCUUCAACAAACCUGCGACCACACGUCGGCAGCGAUCGGUCGGGAUUUAGCCAGCUAGCCUUGUUAGCCAUCUAUCAUUGUCAUAUUAAUCUGGCUCCGUCUCUGCGAUAACGGCAGCACGGGGACAAUAGAGGGGUGUUUCUCCGGGGGGAUCCAUCACACACGGCUGCAACAUGGGGAGAAAGUCCAACAGAGCGAAGGAGAAGAAAGCCCGGCGACUGGAGGAGCGGGCGGCUAUGGAUGCGGUCUGCGCCAAGGUGGACGCGGCCAAUAAGCUGGAGGACCCGCUGGCAGCCUUCCCAGCCUUCAAAAAAUACGACAGAAAUGGGCUGAACCUCCAGAUAGAGUGCAAGAGAGUGACGGCCCUCAACCCGCUGUCUGUGGAGUGGGCCUUCGAACUCACCCGAGCCAACAUGCAGACGCUGUACGAGCAGAGCGAGUGGGGGUGGAAGGAGCGGGAAAAGCGUGAGGAGAUGAACGACGAGCGGGCGUGGUACCUGCUGGCCCGCGACGCUGACUCGGCCCCCGUGGCCUUCUCUCACUUCCGAUUUGAUGUGGAGUGUGGGGAGGAGGUUUUAUAUUGCUAUGAGGUGCAGUUAGAGAGCAGAGUGCGGCGGAAAGGGCUGGGGAAGUUCCUUAUCCAGAUACUCCAACUCAUUGCCAACAGUACACAGAUGAAGAAGGUGAUGUUGACAGUCUUCAAACACAACCAUGGGGCUUACCAGUUCUUCAGAGAAGCUUUACAGUUCGAGAUCGACGAGACUUCGCCGAGCAUGUCCGGCUGCUGCGGGGACGACUGCUCCUACGAGAUCCUCAGCCGCCGGACCAAACACGGCGAGGCCUCGGCGGGACACACGCACGGCGGCGGCCACUGCGGCGGCUGCUGCCACUGAGUCGGCCCCCAGGCCGUGUGUGAGAGCUCGACCUGCCUGCUGUCCUGCGAGCGCCGCUGUCGAGCCGCUCAACCCCAAUACCUGGCUACCGAUAGCGACGUCACGUUAUGGGUCACAGGUUUAUGUUUGCGUGCGUGCAUGUGUGUAUGUAUGUAUUCCUGCUACAGAAGCUGAUUGCAAGUGCGAGCUUUCACACACAGCUCCUGUUUCUUUUUUUUUCUUCUAUUCCUACUUUUUGGUUUAGUGUCCAACCAUCUUUUCUCUUUGUAUUAUCCCAGUUAAUAACGAUUAGUAUUUUGCAGUCAAAAAGCUAUGGCAUUGUUGUCGUUCUCCACCACCGCAAUCAACCUCAUCCCAUCGUGGUUUCAUCUCUGGAUGUGCUGUACUGUAUUAAAUCCUUCAGCAGUGCCUCUUAAACGCUGGUGUGGGACUCAACAUGGGUGCUUCAGCCUAGGCUGUGCUGCAAAAUGUCUCAAGUCUAUGAUGGUUGAUGUAGACAAUCUAAAUUAGUGCAUUCUUUUUGAUAAGUCAAGGAUGCAGAGUGGAUAUGAUUUUAUAGAGUUUAGUGAAGUUUGUAAUCUGGGGUCACACGUUUAGGCUUGAGCAUCACGUUGGGCUCCCUGCACAACCAGUGUGAGAAGCCCUGCUGCUCCGUAACAUUAAUUUUUAUAACACAUUACAUGCGCAUAUGGUCUGUACCUUCGCCUGCAACACGAACACGCCAGUGAUGCCACUGUUACAUGGUUAGGGUACACUAUUAGCACUAUCCAUCGCCUCCAGUCAGGUGACACCUAAAUGUACAGACAUCAACAGACUCCCCUGAUUUUAUGUUUUUUAUAACUUAAAGACACACAUGUCCAACAUUGCCUUUUUGUUUGUUGUGCAUUCUAUUUUCUCAGUGAAAUGAUUAAAGAAAAUCUUUAAUUUCUCUUCAUCUGUUGUAAGCGUUCAUCGUCGUCGUCGGUGUAUUUCCUAAUCAGUUACCCGAGCCAGCUUUGUCCCUCAGGAAACGCACCUGCUGUCUUUUCCUUUGUUUCCGUGAUGACACGUACAAGUGGGGAAUUCCACCUUCUAAGUGUCCCAUGCUUCGGUGCAUCCUCCUCCAUGUCCUUAUCGCUCCGAUAAGCGUCUGCAGACAUACUGAAUUAGCUAAUUUCUCCUCGCGUGUACAGAUUCAUUAGUCCUGCUUGCAUCUUCAUUCAGUUUAUAUUCAAGAGGUUCUGGUGUUGAUAUUAUCUUUUUAAGUGUUUAAAAACUACUGAACCAUAUUUCAUCCUAUUGUCCUUCCCUUUUUUUAGCAUGAAGAAGCAGAGAUACAUGGGUGGAGGACAGAAGGCAUUUUUUUGUGGUUCUUCCCAUAAGUCGUGUCUGUUUUUUCUCAGUGUUAUUAGUUUGCAUGACAAAUUGUAAAAUCUUUAAACUGAGCUCGUAGUUUAAAUCCAGAUUACGGCUUCUGAACCUUAACUGCAUUGUAUGAACGUGUCCCUGAAACGCUCACGUGUUCAUCAGCGUUACUUUAAUAUGUCUCCAAUCUCAUCCCAUGAACGUUGGCGCAUGUUAGGAGUUUAUGAACUGUAGGGGUUCUAUGAAAAGCAUCUCAGCGUAGGUGUGGGUGAAGUUGGACGGUACGUCCGCGUCGGAAUAAUCUUACUGCCAAGAUGCUUCUAGAAGCUCCACAGGAUUUUACAUGCGUUGCUGGUUUUCAUGCUGUAACCACUCUGACCUUGUUGGUCCCAUAUGUGUCUACGAAACCUUCAGGGUAUUUUUAAGCAGUUCUGUGUGCAGGUCUGUUGGCUGAGAGGCCAUGUCUACAAACCACCAUGCAUCCCUUUAAUUUGAGGAACCAAUCCAGUUUAUGUGGUCAGGAGCGAGUGAAUCAAGUGGCACUUCAUUGCACUAGUGUAGAUGCAAAUAGUCCUCUAUGUCCAGUGGCUGAGUAGAUACACUGAGAGGUUAAUACAGUAUCUCACAGGUUUGUGUAUGAUAAUAGAACUUUGUUGUUCCUACAUUGGGGGAAUUAAUCUCAUUUUCCCCCAAUCUCCUGGGGGAGCAGUGGUUGAGUGUCACGCUCAAGGAUCAGAGGGACCUUCUGCUUCCCAGGCCUAUUUGCUCCUUACUGAGCUACCAGGCCACCUACAUACAACAUGUGAAGCAAAUCAAACUUUUCACCGUAACACAAAAUCAAUCUGUUACACAAAGAUGUAACCUCUGCAAUAAAACCUUCUAAAAGAAGCCCAGCUCUUGGGUUCAUACAAACACACAUAUACAAAAGGAAUUGGUGUUUUGUGCUUGUUUGUACUCUGAGCAUGAACAUUAAAGUACACGUUGCUUGUUUUACUCUAAACUGACCAAUAAAUACAGUAAAGCUGUUUUUCUUACUGCAUAGUUUAAAAGAAAAAGAGGAUUUUGUACAUACUGGUAGUUCAACCAACUUGCAGUCUCUCUCAGGUUAUUCAAAUGUAAUCAAAUCUCAUCUGUUUCACUUGGUGGUCGUGUUGUUAGUGAGGUGUUGAAUUGGACCUGGUCCAGCUCUGACUUGGAGUCAGUUUAAAUAAGUGGCAUACAAUACCAUAAACAUGGUAUGAGAACGCUAUCAGAAAGUUAUUUUACUUUACAAAAUGUUUUUUUUUUGUGAUAAGGCAAAAAAAAUUAAAGCUUUUUACUUUCUAAAAAAAGUAAAAAAGCUUUUGGGUAAAAUAUUCCGAGUUGCUAAAUGAGCCUAAACUCAACCAGUUUAGUGUAAAGUCACUGAGUAUCUUAUUUUCAGAAAUGGUUACAAAUUCACACAUUCUUCUCUUGAUAUUUUAUGUAUGUGUGUAAAUAAAUAUAGGCUGUUGUGGCUCCAUCUUCAUUUUCAUUUCUUAGCCUUUGACAGAAAAACAUUUUUGUUGACAAUUAAAAAAUUGUUUGAGAAUGAGUGUUUUAGUCCUGUCCAUAAAUAACAUUGAAAGGGAAAACUAAGUCAUUUUACCUUGUCAGUGUUUUAUUUGUAUGUAAAAAAUAAAGGAAAGUUGUUGAGUUUUCAACAUA